AUGUGGAAGGGCAAUGACGACCAAACGUUCUCGGGACAUGCAGCAAUAAUGGCGGCCGAAUUGCAAGUUGCAGACUCCUUCACCGGUUGUUUAUGGCUUGCUCUUGCGGAGGGUGUCUUCAAUACCCACACCAAUCGAUGGGACACAAGUUCUUGCGACGGAGGAAAGCAGUGGCAGAUCUGGCCUUACGAGUCCGGCUACACAAUGAAGAAUUCAAUUUCGAACAGUGAUCUUUUCCAAAUCUCUGGUCGUCUUGCCCGCUACACUGGCCCGGAUAAUUAUGCUAAAUGGGCAGAGAAGAUCUGGGACUGGACAUUAACUAUACCUUCAAUGAGUAAUUUGACCUGGAAUGUUGCCGACUCCGCCAACACCGAUAAUGAUUGUGCCACUCAGGGGAACACGCAAUGGUCAUAUAACUAUGGAACUUUCUUAACCAACGGUAGCGUCGUCUGGCUCAGGGCCGUAAAUGGCUUGAUGACUCAAACUUUUGACCAUAUUUCCCCGCAAUCAACGGUGGAAUCUUCGAGGAGGUCAUUUCGUUCACAGCUCUCUUGGUUCCAUCAACCUACGACGCCAUUCUGGCCAGAUUACGAACGUCUGCUUCAGCCGCUGCGUUUUCUUGCACGGGACACGACAACAACACAUGUCGUAUUAGUUGGUAUAAGUAAAUGGGACGGCUGGAUCGGAAUGGAACAGGAGAUCAGCGCGUCCAACAUUUUUCUUGCGAACAUGAUCCCUUAUGUGAGCAAGUCGCCCGUCCUUUCGCGCAACGGGGUAACAGUAAGCAAUCCUACGGCAGGCGAGAAUGACACCAGCUCCAAUACGACGUCAGAAACAACCAUAACUACUGCGGAUAGAGCUGGUGUGGUAUUGUAUUUGCUCUUUUUAUCGCAGCGUGGGUCGUAUUGA